CCGGACACGAACCAUGAUCACAGCGCUGGCAAGCGGCGACGACCGCGUCCUCGUGGGCACGGCUGCCGGCGAAGUGCUCUGCGCCAACUACUUUGCGCCGACGGCAACGGACGUCGUCGACCUCUUCGACUGCGUCGAGUGGAAGCACCAUGCGACGCUGGCUGCCAUCACGUGCGUGGCCAAGGCUGGCAGCGAGGUGCUGGUAGGCGACGCGGAUGGUACAGUGGUGCUCUUGGACGCCGACACGGGCGUCGAGCUCCGGCGGUACGCCAUGGAGGGCGCCGUCGUAGCAGCCACUUGGCACCACAAGGUGUUUGUCGUGAGCGACCACGUCGGCAAUGUCUAUGGCGUCGACAAGUUCCGUCUUCGCUGGAAGAAGCGCAUGGACAUGGGCGGCGCACCCGGACACGUGCAGAGCAUGGCCUCGGUGCGACUGCGCGACGCCGAGAAUCAGCUCUGCGCCUACGUCGCGAUGAGCUUGGGCGGCUUGGAGCUUCUUCUGACGCACGAAGGUCACGUGCUUUGUCGCCUCCCAACCACCACCGCCAUUACGUCGAUCGCGAUGACCGACGAUGGCAGCCGCAUUUUCUGCGGCGGCUCCAAUGGGACACUGUAUGAGCUUCUCAGCGUCGGCAAGGGUUCCGCGCUCGCCUUGCAGCUGUGCAACCUCGCCACCGUUCCGUUUCCAAUCACGUCGCUGCAUAUGACGGAGACGGCGGUUCUCCUCGCGGGCUCGACGGCGCCCCUGCUCUACGCGAUGGCCUUGGCGUCGUCGGCCCUCACGCCCAUGUCGACACCGCAAGCUCCCGCGUUCCUUGCGCGUCUUCCAUCGGAAGAAAAGGCCACUGCGAUGCUACUCGUGCUCGACGACCAAGAAACGUUUUGUAAAGUCGUGUUGCCAGUCGGCACCGAGUGCAAGGUUGAAAACGUUGCUGUUUAAGUCGACGGCCGGUAAUAGACG